ACACUGGGGACUUGGAGAGUGCGAGAUGAAGCGGCUUUGUGCAUUGCGGUGCGGUGGAGCACUGAAAUUCUCAGAGCUUGAACCGGAGUCAGAUCGAGCGCGAAAUCACAGAGAUUCAAAGCAAUGGAGAAGAAGCAAAGCAGACCAAUGAAGCUGUUAAACGCGAUUGUAUCAGAGCCAUACUAUCUGCUCCAUUUCUUAACUUUCUUCUCCUACCUCGUCCUCCGCACCUCCGCCGCCCAUGUCCUCUCCGCCCACAUCACCGAUCACCUCCUCCACCGAGAAAUUCGAGCGGCUUUGACAUUCGGCCUCUUGACUGCAAUCAAGAUUUUUCUUAUCGGUCUCACUUUAAUUCUGGACCGCCACUUGACUCUCUGGUACGUUGUGGCGUUUACAGUGAUACAUAUUUUCACACAACAACCCGCCUUUCAAAAAUUAGAUGAAGACAUGUCUUCUCAAGACAACAUAUGACACUCAUCAUUCUUAUCCCCUAAUGGUCCUCUUACAGUUGGGGACUCUGUGAUGAAGAAUGACAUAACUGCUACAGUGGUAGCUAGGAAUCUCCUCACUCCCAAGGAUAACAUGAUACUUUCCUAACGGUCUGAUGAGUUGGCUGUUCAAGACUCUCUGACUUUUAGUGUUCAGUGUGUGGGCUCUGUAUCCAAUGUGGGCCAACACCUACUUUCUCGAACUCGCUAAGUUGAAUCAUUGAUGGCUGAGGUGGCAAGUCUUAGACAAGAGAUUAGAUGGCUUAAGCAUGAAAAUAGAGAGUUGCACAUGUUUGCAAAUAAUUACUCAACGAGCAUGGAAAGAAAACUUGACCAACUGCAGGAAUCCAAAAGUCGGAUUCAAAAUGAUCAUCAUAUGUUUAUGGCUUUAUUCCAAAGGCGCUUAUUGCCUUUGCCAUCUGGAGUUUUACCAAGUAUUGAAACUCCGAAUAAUCAACCUCUAGUACCUCUUCUUUCUCGAGUUCUGACGAGUACUGAGGCUUCACAUGACUAACCUUUGUAAAGGUUCCCUCCUGUUUGUUUGUUUUAACUCAUGUGUAUGCAUAUUUCUUUUGUUGACGG